CCUGAAACGUGGAGCUGAGUGGGGGUUCAGUAUGAAGCCCCCGGACCGCCCCGCCCCUGGCCGCACUGACCGGAUACUGGGGGUCAUGGGGAGCAUGCUGCGCGCAUGCGCCCUCCCCGGGCAGGAGGGGCCCCCGAGGAGAAGCUCCCUAGGGUCGGGGGAUACCGAGCCAGAGUCUGAACGUACGGAGGGAGAUCACAGAAGGGACCGCGAAGAUGAGGUCCUCGCCUGGGCUCUGCAGCCCGAAUCCUAUUCCAUUGCUGGCAGUGAGGGGAGUAUAUCAGCUUCUGCUGCCUCCGGUCUGGCUGCCCCCUCUGGCCCCAGCUCUGGCCUCAGCUCUGGCCCCUGUUCCCCAGGCCCCCCAGGGCCCGUCAGUGGCCUGAGGAGAUGGUUGGAUCAUUCCAAACAUUGUCUCAGUGUGGAAACUGAGGCAGACAGUCGUCAGGCGGGACCAUAUGAGAACUGGAUGUUGGAGCCAGCUCUAGCCACAGGAGAGGAGCUGCCGGAACUGACCUUGCUGACCACAUUGUUGGACGGCCCUGGAGAUAAGACGCAGCCACCUGAAGAGGAGGCUUUGUCCCAAGCCCCUGAGAGUGAGGCGGAACAGAAGAAGAAGGCUCUGGAAAGGAGUAUGUACGUCCUGAGUGAACUGGUAGAAACAGAGAAAAUGUACGUGGAUGACUUGGGGCAGAUUGUGGAGGGUUACAUGGCCACCAUGGCUGCUCAGGGGGUCCCCGAAAGUCUUCGAGGCCGUGACAGGAUUGUGUUUGGGAACAUCCAGCAAAUCUAUGAGUGGCACCGAGACUAUUUCUUGCAAGAGCUACAGCGGUGUUUGAAAGAUCCUGAUUGGCUGGCUCAGCUAUUCAUCAAACACGAGCGCCGGCUGCAUAUGUAUGUGGUGUACUGUCAGAAUAAGCCCAAGUCAGAGCAUGUGGUGUCAGAGUUUGGGGACAGCUACUUUGAGGAGCUCCGGCAGCAGCUGGGGCACCGCCUGCAGCUGAACGACCUCCUCAUCAAACCUGUGCAGCGGAUCAUGAAAUACCAGCUGCUGCUCAAGGAUUUUCUCAAGUAUUACAAUAGAGCUGGGAUGGAUACUGCGGAGCUAGAGCAAGCUGUGGAGGUCAUGUGCUUUGUGCCCAAGCGCUGCAACGAUAUGAUGACGCUGGGGAGAUUGCGGGGAUUUGAGGGCAAACUGACUGCUCAGGGGAAGCUCUUGGGCCAGGACACUUUCUGGGUCAUCGAGCCUGAGGCUGGGGGGCUGCUGUCUUCUCGAGGUCGAGAGAGGCGCGUGUUCCUCUUUGAGCAAAUCAUCAUCUUCAGUGAAGCCCUGGGAGGAGGAGUGAGAGGUGGAACACAGCCUGGAUAUGUAUACAAGAGCAGCAUUAAGGUGAGCUGCCUGGGACUGGAGGGGAACCUCCAAGGUGACCCUUGCCGCUUUGCACUGACCUCCAGAGGGCCAGAGGGUGGGAUCCAGCGCUAUGUCCUGCAGGCUGCAGACCCUGCUAUCAGUCAGGCCUGGAUCAAGCAUGUGGCUCAGAUCUUGGAAAGCCAACGGGACUUCCUCAACGCAUUGCAGUCACCCAUUGAGUACCAGAGACGGGAGAGCCAGACCAACAGCCUGGGGCGGCCAGGAGGGCCUGGAGUGGGGAGCCCUGGGAGAAUUCGGCUUGGAGAUCAGGCCCAGGGCAGCACUCAAACACCCAUCAAUGGCUCUCUCCCCUCCCUGCUGCUGUCACCCAAAGGGGAGGUGGCCAGAGCCCCCUUGCCCCUGGAUAAACAGGCCCUCAGUGACAUCCCUCAGGCUCCCCAUGACUCUCCUCCAGUCUCUUCAACUCCAAACACCCCUCCGUGCCAAGCCAGACUUGCCAAGCUGGAUGAAGAUGAGCUGUAACUGGUGAAAACCAUGGAGGUGGUGCUGACUCAGCUGCCUAUUCCCCAAGAAGCUUCAGGGCAGUCCUUCUGGCACUGCUCCAGAAUUCUUCCUUCUUGGUGUGUCUGGAGGAAGGGUGGGCAAGGCUGGGAGGGAUAUCAACUUGGAGGAGAGCACCUAGACCCAAGGACUUUUUUCUGCCCAAGGAACACAGUUUCCUUCAGCUCCCACCCCUGUGCAUGCAUCAUGGUUCCCCCAAAAGGAGGAUAUGUGGGUGGGUGGGAGGGCUGGGGCAAGGGCCAGAUAGAAAUUAUUGGUUUCGUUUUUUAAUUUUGUUUUUCCUGUUUUAUGAGAAUAAAGGUUUUGUUAUAUCAC